AGGGGGAGGAGGCGGAGGCGGAAGCGGCGACGGGACCGCCUGCCGCGGCCGGGCGCGGCGGGGCCGGGUCGGGUGCCGCCAUGCCCCGGGACAACAUGGCCUCCCUGAUCCAGCGGGUGGCGCGGCAGGCGCGGAUUACUUUCCGCAGCCCGGCGGGGCCGGCCUUCGGGGAGAACCUGCACCGGCUGCAGCAGCUGCUGGACGAGGUGCGCGCCGAGGACUUGCAUUUGGCACCGCGGGGGCCGUCGGCAGCAGCGGCGGCGGCGGGCGGGGGGUUCCCGUGGACCGGCGUGGUGCCGCCCGUCAGCUACAUGCACAUCUGCGAGACGGAGAGCUUCAGCAUGGGCGUGUUCCUGCUGCGGAGCGGCGCCUGCAUCCCGCUGCACGACCACCCGGGCAUGAACGGCAUGCUGAAGGUGCUCUACGGCACGCUGCGCAUCGCCUGCAUGGACACGCUGCCCCCCGCCGCCGCCGCCUCCCCGCCGCCCGCCGCUGCCGCCGGCGGGCCCUGCCACCGCGCCCUGUUCCGCUCCCGCCAGCAUUACACGCCGGCCUCCCCGCCCUGCCUGCUCUCGCCGCACACCGACAACCUUCACCAGAUCGACGCCGUGGACGGGCCCGCCGCCUUCCUCGACAUCCUGGCGCCGCCCUACGACCCCCAGCACGGCCGGGACUGCCACUACUAUCGCCUGCUGGAGGGGUCGCCGGCGGGCGCCGAGCCGCCCGGGCUGCCGCGGGAGGUGUGGCUGAUGGAGACCCCGCAGGCCGCCGACUUCUGGUGCGGGGGCGAGCCCUACCCCGGGCCCCGCGUCUGCCUCUGAGGCGGCGGCCCAGGCUCGGCGGCGGCCGUUAGGACCGUUAGCGCUCGCCCCGCGCGCCGGCGUGAGGGGAGCCCGCCGCUCGCCGCCCCCCGCCCGGCCUUCUCCCCGGCCCCGCGCCGCCGGGGCCGCCUCACGGACCGGCCUGCCGGGGCCCUGCCAGCCCCGGUCCCGCCAGCCCCGGUCCCGGCCGGCAGCACCGUCAGAACCACGGCUGCGUUCUGCCGGUGUGCCGUGGCCGGCCGGCAGGACCGCGGGUGCUGGCUGAGGCUUGUCGGGAGCGCUACGAGUCAAAAGACUUCCUCUGUCCGCAGGCCUGCCUGGCUCCAUGAGUCGGGGGAAAUAAAGCGCCAGAAAGUGUUUAUUUCCUGUGAGCUGAUGUGGAGGAGUAGCACAGUUACAAUUCUGCUCAACUGAAGGGUUGGGGGAAAAAAUAGUCCAGCAUCCUCUGUAAAUAGUUAGGGCCGCACGUCAGUGAGGGGGGAUCGGGCUCCAGCUGGGAGAGUAAAUGCAAUAAGAACGGUCACGGGGUGCCCUGACAUCCACCGGAGGGGUUCCCACCGCCUGGGCCAGCGGAGUGUGCCCACCCAGCUGGGGCAGGUCUGGCCGCAGCCUUUGGGGGCUCCAUCUCCAGAGCGAGUCUCAACAAGAGCAGUACCCUGCUAGCAAAACACCCCAGAACAACUCCUGAGCCAGGAUGCGCUGCUCCAGUAAACGCCACUGAUCCCCAGGACUGGAGUUAAGGGAAUUCCUGCUCCGAACGGACGCUGUCAGGUUCAGAAUUACUUUUUCACAGUUCUUUAAAGCAUUGUAUAUGAGAUCUCGCUAUUGCAACUGAGAAUUGCAAAGUACGUCUAUGCAUGUUUCCUUCAGCUAGGAGGAGACUCGUCAGCUGCUAAUUAACGUUGCUUGGAACCUCUUGUGCAGCAGUAGCAGAGGGUAGCAGAAACUGUGGGCAUCUUAACAGAAAAACCAACUAUCCACUGUUGUGUCGUGGAAGCUAUUCUAGAAACGUGACGUAUUUGCAAACCUUAUAUAUACGGCGGCACGCAUAUCCUAGGUACACAUAAGAUUUGACCUGAUGUCUUCUCUUCAAAGUGUGGUCUGUGUUUUUAUAUGGACAAGUGAACACUUAGGGCUUUUGAAGCCUUGCAGUUUCCCUCUUUAUACUAUUUAUAAAGACUACUUUUUCAUAAGGCUUUUAAGUACAUGUAGUGUAGAAGAGACACCGUGAAUUUCGUCUUGCUAUGAUGGAUGCAGUCUGGAGAUGCAGUUUAUCCACGGCAGGGGAUGCGAUCUUUCUAACAAGGGAGAAACCUUUUCUAUAGGUGAAAUACUCCGCCUGUACUGCAGGGACUGGUCUCGUGCCUGUUCAUCCUAACGCACACUUCGUACCACAGACCCAGGCCGGGGCAGCCUUGGCCCUCUUGGUCAUGAAGUGGGAACCUGAGUAAGAAAACACAACUUGCCAACCUCCUGAGUGAUGUACCAACCUCCCUCAGAAAUCGUUCCACAACUGGCUUUAAUUUUUCUUUGUGUAUUUAUAAAAGCAGACUUGUUUUUCCUGUACAGUGGCUUGUAUGUGUGAAUUUUUAAAUGAUUCUGAUACGGCUUUUUUUUUUUUUGUGCCUGCGAAAAAAUGAAUGUAAAAUACAGUCAGCCUUAUGCAUGCACAGAUUAAUUCUUUUGCAAGGAAAAAUUGGUGGAAAUUAUUUCAAGCAAUUUCCAUUUAUUCUUACAGCACUUUAAAGUGCCUGAUAUUUCUGCAGCUGGCUUACCUGUUUUUCCUGGAAUUCCCCUGCAGCUUAGCGUUAGUUAAUGUGCAACAAUUCUCUGUCGAAUGUAGUCAUUAACCAUAACGCAAUGCCUCCCUGUGUUACAGCCUGUUUCUAACUCUCUCCCAUGCUAAUGAAGACCAUCAUCCUUUUUCAGAAGUCCACAAAGAAGAUAGCUUGGCGCAUGCAAACAGCUGUACUGGAAAAACAAACUGCAACAGAGGGCAUUUUUUAUCUCAUCUGCCCUGUCCUCCCCUUUGGUCUUUCUGCUUGGUUUUUAAUUUUUUUUCUCCAUGUGUAAAACCUAGUUGAGAUGUUUAAUGGGAUAGGACUUUAAUGCAUCUUUCCGUAGAGGACAGCAUGGCCCUUUACACUGCGGAGUGCUGUUAACAACCAUGGCAAAACCUUUUGCUUUUUUUUUUUUUUUAAUAAAGGUGUUAGCAUCAAAGUAUUAAAGAUGGGAAAAAUAGCAAAGACAACCUGAGAUGCAUUAAAGAAAAGCCUCUUUCUGUAACUUCUUGCUUACUCAGUAAUUGAAACUUACUUCAUAUGUUCUGGAUAUCUGUAAGCAGGAGGUUUAAGUCUGUAAUGCCAUUCUUUCUCUCUGCAGUCUGGUUAUUGUGUUUUCACAAGAGCAAAAUUACUGUUAUUGCUGAAUUAUAGAAUAAAUACAGGAUAUCUCA